GCUUAUUCGGAUUCUUCCACAGGUAUAAAACAAGAGGAACUUCUCUUCUUCUUUCAGCCUCAACAAGUUGGAAAAGAUUUUUGUAAAUCAUUUGGAUUCUGAACAUUGUUCUUUCAAGAACUGAAUCAUGAAGCUGACUGUGUUCGUGGGUCUCCUUAUUUGCCUUAUUGGAUUGGCACAAGGAAAAGUAUACAAAAAAUGUGAACUAUUGAAAAAGAUGAAAAAUUCCGGGUUGAUUGGUUACUAUGGACACAGUGCUGGUGAUUGGCUAUGCCUUGCCAAGUAUGAAAGUGGCUACAAUACUAAAGCAAUAAACAACAAUGGCCCAAGUCGUGAUUAUGGAAUCUUUCAGAUCAACAGCAAAUGGUGGUGUAACGAUGGCAAGACGUCAGGGAGCAAAAACGCAUGUCGUAUAAGUUGUAAAAAAUUUUUGGAUGAUGACAUCUCUGAUGACAUUGAAUGUGCUAAGAGAGUUGUGAGAGAUCCCAAUGGCAUAUCAGCUUGGGUUGCUUGGAGAAAUCACUGCAAGGGAAAAGAUUUGAGUCAAUUUACUGCUGGAUGCUAAAGUCAAGACUGUCAAGAAGUUCAAAAGAGCAUAUAAUCUGCUUAUAAUUUACUCAUGCUUAUUAUCAUUCA